CGCCCCUUCCAAAGUGCACCUCUGUCGGGCAGGAACACUCCAGUGCUGCCGUUCAGUGCUCCUCAGUCCUCAGCCAUAAGUCGACGCUACGCAGAGAGGAGCGCUUCUUGUCGCUGAUUUUUAUUUUAUUUUUUAAAUUGACUUUUAAUUGAACCACCAUGAGCACCGUGGCUACAGACACUAUCUUUCUUUCCGCUCUACAGCCCAACAACUCGGUCACCACUUAUGGCCUCCCGUCCGAGGUUCAGCUCGGAAGCGGCGCUUCGGGCCCGGACGACGGGACGCGGGUUCGGCGGGUCCAGCAGCAGGUCCAAAUGCGGCUGGCGGAGAAGUCCACACUUCCGCGUCAUAAUGGCUCCGCUUCUGGCUACGCCAUGUCAGACUACGGUGGUUCUUCCACGAUGAAGACCUACAACCCAGGUUACAACAGCAAGUCGUCUUACACGUUUUCAGGCUCCAGACCGAUGACUCCACAGAUAUCACAGAGGUCUUCCGGCUUUAGCUCUCUCUCAGCUGGCCCAGACAUGUCCCAUCUCCACCGGAUCACUGUCGGUGGCGGAGGAGUCGGAGGCGGUUAUUACCGAGAAGAUGCUCACAUGGGCACCUACCAAGGCAACCGGCACCAGACCCGCAUGGAACCGGACAUAGUCUCUAUGCAUGCGAUGAGACAGCAGACACUGCCUUCAAAUUCCUGGAUGGUGGAUGGCAGCGACGCCGCCAGCAUGAUGUCCGACCGCGAUGCCACCUUCAACCGUCAAUACGUCCAGACCAAUGGCUACACCAGCCAGAUGAGGCAAGGGGGAGGCUCCCUGGCCUAUCAGGCCCCUAUGCACCGAUCACAGAGCGGCACUAUUAGCCGUGGCAUGGGGAUGGCAGGAGGACAGGUGGAGAUGGUUCAGCAAUCCUUCAAAGGCCCAGCGUACCGCACCAUCAAUAGGAUUAACAACCGAAACAGGAUGAGCAUGGGCUCCAUGUCAGGCACCCUGCAACGGCAGAUGUCUGGUGGCUCAAGCAUGUACGCCGGUGGAAUGGAUAAAGUGGACAUGGGCUUCAUAGGACCGGGAGUGUCCUCCGCUUCUCAGGGGAACUUAGCCAUGCAGCGUAACCUUUCCCGGGCCAUGUCGGUCAGAAGCAUGCAGAGUGUGGGCCGGGGUGCUGACAUCUUCAACGGGCAGAUGGGGGUCGGAAGCAUGGGAAACCUCAGUGGGAUCACCUCUUUGGACAUGGCCACAGCUGUACAGUACCUGGGAGAACCAGACCCCGAUUUGCAAGUUCUGGGUGCAGCUUACAUUCAGCAUGAAUGUUACAAUGACAGCGAUGCCAAAAAUGAGGUGCGUCAGUGCAAGGGUAUCAGUGAACUAGUGAAGCUGUUCAACACAGACAACCAGGAAGUGCAGCGCUACGCUACUGGUGCCAUGCGCAACCUCAUCUAUGAGAACAUGGACAACAAGGUGGCCCUGAUCGAGGAGGGCGGUAUCCCCCAGCUUGUGGAGGCGCUCAAGGAGCCAGAUGACGAGCUCCAGAAAAACAUCACUGGAAUCUUGUGGAACCUUUCAUCCAAAGACAAACUGAAGGAGAAGCUGGCCCGAGAGAUUCUUCCGGAACUGACCGAUAAGAUCCUCAUCCCUCUGUCGGCCUCAGAUGAAUCGGAGGGCUACAGACAGUCCGCCUCUGAGGCGGAAAUCUUCUAUAACACCACCGGCUGCCUCAGGAAUCUGAGCUCUGUGAAUGAGAAGACCCGUCAGCAGAUGAGACAAACCCCUGGCCUGGUGGACUCCUUGGUGAGCUACAUCAGGUCCUCACUGGAAGACAACAAGGCGGAGGACAAGGGGGUGGAAAAUGCCGUGUGUGUCAUGAGGAACCUCUCCUACCAGCUCUACAGCGAGAUACCGCCAUCGGCUCAGCAUCGCCUGGAGGGCCCGAGCCGAGCCGAGGACUCUGGGAAGGGAGAAGCCAUUGGCUGCUUCACGCCUCAAAGCAGGAAGGCCAAAAAUAGGAUGAACCAGGACCUCUCCACGUUCACUGAGGUGGCUCGGGUGCCAAAAGGGAUGGAGUGGCUGUGGCACCCGCAGAUUGUGGGUUUGUACAACCGCGUGCUGCAGAUGUGUGAGAUCAACUCCACCACCCGGGAGGCAGCGGCGGGAGCGCUGCAGAACAUCACGGCAGGAGACAAGCGGUGGCCGGUUGUGCUGAGUAAUGUGGCCAUGGACCAGGAGCGAAUGUUGCCUGUUCUGCUAAACCUGAUGGGCACCAACAAAGACGCUGAACUGCGCUCCAUCACGGGCUUCCUCCGAAAUCUGUCCCGCCAUGCUAAGGAUAAGAAUCACAUGGCCACAAAGGUGGUCAACAACCUGGUGUCCAAGCUGCCUGAUGACGGCCACCAGAAGGAGCCAUCCAGCGACGUGGUGGUCAACAUCUGCGGAAUCCUCAACAACUUGGUGACAUCCAGCACUGUCGCCGCAAGAGACGUGUGCUUCUUCGACGGCCUGCCCAAACUGCGCGGCAUUAAGACCUCUCACGACUGCAGUGCUGGGAAGAUAAAAGCUGCCAAAGCAGCCGCCACCGUGCUCAGCAACAUGUUCCAGUACAAGAAACUGCACAAAGAUUACAAGCAGAAAGGGUUUACGAGACCAGACUUUGCAGACAUGACCAUCUAAAAUCCGAAGUAGUCCUGCACUCCGCCAGCAACCGACGGAAGAAGUCUUCAUAAACCCUUUUAAGCCAUUCCGAGAUAACCCGGGCUCUGUUUUUUUUUUUAUAUCUGCCACAAAGGUUGUGAUGAUAACGCUGAACAAACGAGAGAGUAAAAAAAGGACUUGAGCAUGUCAGACUCACAUGUGUGUGUGUGCUGUGUUUGAGUGUCAUCAGGGAAAUGUUUGUGCAAUUACAGUGUUGCUGCUGUGUGAAUGAACAUUAUGAUGGUACUUACACAGCAUCUUUGUAUAUAUUGCUUUUUCUUCUACCUUUUAAAAACAAUGUUUUAUACACUGUAUCUUAUAGCAACAAUAACACUGUUUAGCAAUGCAUAAAAGAGAAUGUAAUCCAAAGAUAUAUCACUGAGAUUUGCUUGUAUGUUGCUGUAUUUCAGUACAGUUGGGAUAUCGGUGUGCCUUCAAAGCAAUUAUUUCUU